AUGAAAGUGAUGCACACCCAGGAGAUACUCGAGACCUUCGACCCCAUGUUUCCGCGAGAGGCCUCGUCCAUCUGGUUCUCCUGCACCGGUGCCAAAGAAGAAAGGGAGAUUGCAACUCCUCUCGACACGCGUGCGUUUAUAAACAGUGCAUAUACGAUGGACCUCGAUUCUCCAGAUUGGGUGAUGCCAACCAACACCGAGACUCCGAUCCAGGAGGCACAACCCCCUCCCUCCAACCGAAUAUCUCGAAUCGACCGUCAACUCUCACAACUCUACAGUCUCAUCCGGCGAGCGAGAUUUCAUCGAGUCAACAGUCUACCAAACGUUUACGCAGACAAUCUCCGCCUCAGAAUAAGCGCCGCUUGUGUUCCUGCUGCACUCAAAGGGAACACUGACGGACGAGAGUUCUGGCCGCCACCGGCCCCAUUGUAUAGUGAGUCCCCCUGGGUCGACAAUAUACAAUGA